GCGCCGGCGUGCAUGCGCAUCGUCCGUCAAAGUCUGUGUUCCUCGAACUUGUCGAGUACUGCAGCGGAUCGUCAAGAAUGAGUUCGAGAUACCGUUGAAACUUCCGAGAUCAUCUUGUCACACAGAAAUAAAAAAUCAGCUGGUAUUUUGAUUCCGCUGCUUACCUUAUCUCUACUAGAUUCUUCCCAACACGAGGCAGGUUUACUCUUCCCCCAAAUGGACGCGUCAGCUUUGAGCGACGAAUUAUCCGACUACGACGUUAUAUCAGAUCCUGGUCACCGUUCCUGGGAAUCUAGUGUCGCUGAUAUACUUGGUUCUCCCCAGACUGAGAUACACGAGCCCUCACCCUCAGAAGAAGCCCAACAAAAGUUCCCGACCACUAAACUAUCGCCUCAAGACAUCCAGAACAAUGUUCGUUCCAAUUUCGGGACCUUCUCACCUAUUCCUCCGGGCACCGUGAGGACAAGAGGGCAGAUUCUACCGGAUAACAAGCUCAAACGCGUCUAUGUUGAUGGGUCAUUUGACGGGUUCAAUGUCGCACAUGCUCUCCAGUUACGACAAGCAAAAUUGUCGUUUCCUGCUGUACACUUAAUAGUGGGAGUUUUUUCAAACGAGGCUUGCGAACGUUAUGGUUACCUUGUGACGACACCACUUGUUGAACGAUGUGAACUCUUGCGACAUUGUCGAUGGGUGGAUGAAGUGCUGCAAGAUGCACCUUGGCAAAUAGACGAAUCAUUCACCCAUGAAUGGCGGAUUGACUAUGUCGUAUUUGAUGAAGGUGCAACGGUCAGUCCUGCUUAUGACAAGUUCAGAGUGCGAGGAUACGAUAGUAUGAAAAGAUUGGGGAAAGUGGUUCUAACCAAACCGACACCGGGAAUUUUAAUCUGGAGACCGGUCUCGGCAGUUUCUGUUACGCCAGCGUUACCUUUAUUUUCGACAACGGAGAAGGUGAUUAAAGAAUCACAGUGCGUACCUGAAACAGCGACAGAACCGAGACUAGUUGAAUUUGAGUAGUUGGAGCCCAGGUCUGGUUGUAUGUAGCUUCCUCUACCGAGCAUUAACGUACUAUGUACGUGUGCUUCCUGCUCUCUUUAUUAAGGCUCUAUUGUUGCGAUGAAAGGCACAGAGGAAGGUAGUGAAGAUCGUACUACAUAUGUAAUUACGCCAAACAACAACGCCCAACGAUGAGUUGUCGAGAAG